CUUUAAAGCUGCUGGAAACCACUGCACGUUAAUCCUGCUGGAGUCUGCACUGUGAGGACGGAUUACAAUCAACUCUACUGCACUUGAAAAUGACAGGCUUCUCCGAAGCAUUAAUACAGUAGAAUCCUGAAUCAAUUUGACCUGGCAUGGUGUAGACUUUUUAACAGAAAUGUGAGGUUCAGCAGCGCGCUGAACACAGAAGGAGUGAUGCAUUGAGGUUAACAGGUGGCCCCCCUUUUUUUUUCCUCUUGGAAAGGAGUUUUCAUUUUGGAGGUAUGUGCGUUUUGUACUUAACACGAGGCUCUCAGGUUGUGCGAGCAAAAUCAGCCCAGGGAAAAACUUGAGAAAACUACUGCUUUUUUUUUUUUUAAUUUUCAAAACAACAACAACAAAAAAAACUUUCCACGUAUGAAAUGAGUCGCACGGUUGCUUUGUCCAGUGCGACCAAACUCCUCCAGAUCAAAGACAGAGUUAGAUGAAUGGACCACAGGAUGUUUUCUGGUCAGGGUGCUGUGAAUUACAGCUUCAACCAGAGCGAUGGCCUGGAGCCCGGCGACGCGUCCGCGGGCGCGGCGAAGCUCUCCCCGGCGGGCUUCGUCGUGCUUUCCUUCGUCCUGGGCUUCAUCAUGACUUUCGGCUUCCUGAACAACUUCAUAGUCCUGCUGCUGUUCUGCAAAUUCAAGAAGCUGCGCACGCCGGUGAACAUGCUGCUGCUCAACAUCAGCGUCAGCGACAUGCUGGUGUGUUUGUUUGGAACCACGCUCAGCUUCGCCUCCAGCAUCCGGGGAAAGUGGCUGCUGGGGCGCGGCGGCUGCAGCUGGUACGGCUUCAUCAACUCCUGCUUCGGUAUUGUAUCCCUGAUCUCACUGGUGAUCCUCUCAUACGACCGCUACAGCACUCUGACUGUAUUGUACAACAAGCGCGGACCAGACUACCGUAAGCCCCUGCUUGCUGUUGGGGGGUGUUGGCUUUACUCCUUGUUUUGGACAGUGCCUCCUCUGCUUGGCUGGAGCAGCUACGGCUUAGAGGGGGCUGGAACGAGCUGCUCCGUCUCCUGGACUGCUAAGACCGCUGAGUCACAUGCCUACAUCAUCUGCCUGUUUAUCUUCUGCCUGGGUCUGCCCAUCCUCGUAAUGAUCUACUGCUACAGCCGCCUGCUCUGGGCAGUGAAACAGGUUGGGAAAAUCCGGAAGACAGCAGCCAGAAGGAGAGAGUACCACAUAUUGUUUAUGGUUCUGACUACAGCAGCGUGCUACCUGUUGUGCUGGAUGCCGUACGGUGUCGUAGCCAUGAUGGCAACAUUCGGCCCACCCAACAUCAUCGGUCCCGUUGCCAGCGUUGUCCCCUCUCUUCUGGCCAAGAGCAGCACCGUCAUCAACCCUAUAAUCUACAUCCUGAUGAAUAAACAAUUCUACAGGUGUUUCCUGGACCUGUUCCACUGCACUCACUGGUCGUCAGAAAACGGCAACACUUCGUUGCCCUCCAAGACGACAGUAAUCCCCUUGAACCGCAGAGUCCACAGCAACACAGUGGCCCAGAUCUCUACAGAUGCUCUCAACUAGUCUUACACCAACUAGUCCCCUUCUCAACCUCAUGACCCAAGCAUGAAAGUCCCAACCGUGAACCAUCUGUACUAAUAUGCCGUCGUGACAGCUUCCAUGAUUCCAAAAAGACUUUUCACGGGAUUUCAGAGGCUCUACGCAGGGAUAAGCUUCCUCUCUGCUUGAGGCGAUGCUUGGUGACAUCGUCUCGCACAGAGUCAGCUUUAUGCGUCAUCCUGAACAUGUUACACUGAUUGAGGUCAUGGCUUUCUGCGUGCAGAUUAGAUUUUCAUCCAUGCCAAAUUUAUCAAUGCCAACACUUUGCUUGCCAGUACAGAAAACGACCAACAGCUGAUCUUGCCGGAAACCAAGAAAGGUGGAUCAUAUAGGUGAACAAUAAUUUCUGGCAACACUUUUGUUUUUCUGUGAAAAAAAUAAAAUGGCUGCUGUGUACUGGGCUUUUUUAAAGUGUACCUGCUUGAAUUUCUUUUUAUUUCCUCAAGCCAUCUUCUGUAUUCCUCUGCCACUCAAUUUCUGAGUAUUUAAAGGACUUUUUAAGGUAUAAAUUCAUCAAAAAUCCAUUUCAUGUUUGCUCAGAUGUUCCCUUUGAGUCAAUUCCGUCUUCACCAAUUUAUACUCCACUUUGUAUCAAUGCAUUACCAUUUCAUCCCAGCCUGCUUUUCAUAUCUGUAACUUAAACUGUGUCAAACCCACGUAGGCUACCUGAAGAUUUGCUUCUCUCAAUAUGAAGUUCUUUGAUUCAUUUUUAGUGUAUAAUUGUAAAAGCAAUUCAUUUUUAAAUAAAUUUAAUUCCAAAUUAGAUUUUAUUUAUACCGAUUCUGGUUGCAAAUAAAAAAUAAUAAUAAUAAUAAAAGAGAGAAAUACUCUAUAUUUCAUCUUUCAAGACACAAAUUCAAAAUGUUACAAAAAGCAGUUAAGUUACUAAGAUUCACCUACCUGGAUUCUCUCAAAACACUGCUUUCCUCCAAUAGUAUUGUGCUCACUUUAAUCAGUAUUAUCCUCCGAGUGACAUUUGAAUAAGGGGGACAUAACCACUCGUUAUCUAUUCACACAUUCAUUAAAUAAAUCUGCUGAAGUGCAAGUAAGAUCAAGGAUUCAGACUGAAUAGAAUUUCCUUUUCUGACAGAUACGACACGAUGGCUGAAUUAUUACAGCACUGCAUCUGCUUUCAAAUGUUUGUUUUUUUCAGUUAAAAAACCGUACAAGAAAAAGACCCUUUGAGUCUAUUCUUCAGUCAUUCAUUCUCACUGUAAAAGCCAGCCAAAGAGAAACUUCUGCCUUGCUUUGAAAUUUAGUCUGAAAUUUUGGGACUAAAACCUGUCCAGCUGUUUUUAGCACUUUGACUGUAAAUAAAGUAAAACGUUUCAAAGGAUCACAAAGUACAUGUUCCACCACCAUUUAUCUUGUGUGUAGCCUAAACCUAAUAAAUUUGUCUCUAUGUA